UUAGUAUUUCUGUUGAUGUCGUUAAAAUUGUCGUUAUUUGUGUUAUGAAAUAUUUAAACUGAAUAAUUUAUUCGAUUGUUUCAAAAAAUAAAAGCUUUACGGGUAAUGUAAAUAUUGUUAAAAUAUUUUCACAACGAAAUGUCGCUCACAAGAAAAUUAUCGUUCCGUACAAAAAGUCAAUUGGAAUCUAAAGGAGCAUCUAAUGUGGACCGCAACCAAGACUCUACAAGUAGUUAUGGUGUAGAACCCUUACAAGAGACUAGUGCCACAUUGUCGGAAGAUGUUGCAACUCCAUCGAACGGGCAUUUCAGCGGUCAGACAGUGUUGCAAUUUGACAAAAAUAAUGGAAAUCCAAUGAAUAGUUUGGAGGUUUUGUCACCGGUGUCAAGAGAUAACGUAGGCAAUGACAUAGAACGUGACCUUGCGCGGUCGCAGCCUGAGUCAUUCGCGGUCCCAGACGGUUUAGUGAUGGACCCGUUGGCUCCGACAGCGCUCGCUGUCUCCACGGAGUUCAUGGAGCGCAUCGGCAGCGGCCUCACAUUGCUCAGGGACCACGGCAAAAAAGUACAAAAGUUUGUUUUCAAAAACAGAAGACGUGAUAUUCUCAGAAAAUCAUGGAACUCAAUUGUGAAUGUGGUAUUAAUAGAAGCAAAAGACUUGCCAGAUGGACCUAAUAAUGGGUCUAGUGGCCUUUACUGCAAGUUCAAAUUAGGUAAUGAAUCUCAUAAGUCUAAACUAGCAAUACCAAAGAAACCAACAUGGUGUGAAAGAUUUAAUCUCUAUUUAUAUGAUGACAAUAAUUUAGAGGUCACUGUGUGGUGUAAAGGGAAACAGAAGAAUUUUAUGGGCAGAUGUAUUAUCGACCUUUCGAACCUGGAGAAAGAGAAAACCCACGAUUUCUGGCAUGAUUUGGAAUGCGGGUUCGGCAGUUUACAUCUUCUGGUCACCCUCAGUGGCUCUAUCAGACCCACCGACAACAUACCUACCACACAAAGUACUCCACAUGGUGUUCACUCUGACGACCAAUAUAUUUGGUAUAAAUUGAGCAACUGGAGUGAAGUGGGAAAAUUAUUGGUGACAGUGCACAGUGCAAAGGGUUUGAGCUGCUUAGGGAUCAGUGGCAAGGUGGACGCGUACUGCGUCUUGGAACUGGACAACUGCAGGGUACAAACUCACACGGUCCGCGGCACUUCGGAGCCUAACUGGAACAACACUUACUCUUUUAUCGUUAACGAUAUAACGUCUACAUUGGAUAUCUCAGUAUACAAUGAGUCACUUAUAAAUACUAUGAAAGGAGAAACAUUAGGUAAACUCUCCAUACCUCUAUUGCGGAUCGAAAACGAUGAAAUGAAGUGGUACGCUUUGAAGGAUCGCUCCAAGAAAUCCAGCGCAAAAGGCAACUGUCCUAGACUACUUUUGCAAAUGUCUGUCAUAUGGAAUCCGAUUAAAGCAACUUUUCGGGUGUUGAAUCCAAAGGAAACGAAAUAUGUGCAAAAGCCAGCGAAAUUUAAUAUACCCUUGAUCUACAGCAAUUUAAAGUUUAUCAAAGAGUUGUUUAAUGCAUUAUAUAUUACCAACGAACAUUACAAACGAGUGUUCGAAUGGGACAACAGAGAGAAGUCAGCGACGGCUUUGGUUAUAUGGCUGGUGUUCUGGUACUUUUUUAAUUUGUGGAUGACUCCUCUUCUAUUGCUCAUACCAUUCCUGCACCAGUGGAUAAGCCAGAGAUACUUUAAUAAAAACAAUUCGUUGGUCCCUUUAUAUCACUCGGAUGAGGAUGUUUCAGAUGAAGAACUUGAAUCACAUAAAGAUGAUAAAACGUUAAAAACUCGAAUAUAUGGACUCCAAGAUCUCACGUUUACCAUCAAGAACAGCAUCGACUAUAUGGUAUCUGUGUUUGAAAGGAUAAAAAAUUUAACGAAUUUCACGGUGCCGUACUUGACGUACCUGGCUAUAUCUGUUUUGAUAUUGUCCUCAGUUGCGUUUUAUUUUAUUCCUGUAAAAUAUUUAUUUAUGGCCUUAGGUAUUUAUAAGUUUACUCGUAAAUUGCUCAAUCCUAAGAGAGUUCCUAACAACGAUUUGUUGGACUUUAUCUCCCGAGUUCCUGACAACGAGAUUUUGAAACAAUGGCGUGAGUUGAAAGUUCCAGAACCAAAUCUCAGCCGCUCUGGAUCAACUCGAAAAAAAGAAGUGCAAGAAGAAAAUUAAAUAAUUUGUGAUAAUAAUUAAAUUUUGUCAACUCUCAGCUCCUAAGAUUCUGUGAUACAAUAUUAUUAUAGCUAUUGGUGCCAUAUAUAAUGGCCUCAUUGGUUUAUAUUCGGAUGUUGAAAUUCGAAAACUUUUUUACAUUUUCUAACCUUAAAAUAUUUGACUAUAGACUAAUGACGCCAUUUAUACAGAGACAAUUGAAUCUCAAAAAAAUGUUAAGUGAGCAUUCAUGAACAAACUUUCCUAAUUUUAAUAACCCUUGUCUAUUAUAUAUCGAGGCAAUCUUGCCAUACAUUCCCACUUGAGUAUACUUAUAAGAUUUCACUGUAGAUAGUUUAUGAACCGAAUAUCAUGGUUGAAGAAGAGGAAUAUAUGCCAUUUCCGGGGAAAUAUUUGCUGAUGUUUAUUGUCUAGAAAUUAACGGGGUAGAAGUAGAAAGGUAAGGGCAUUUUUAACUGAGGCAAUGGCAAACAUUACGUAUGCAUCAGCAUUACAACAUGACUGUUCUGACUUUUCUGUUAUUAUAUAGAUUGUAUAUAUAUAUAAAGGAAAGGGAUAUAUUUGUGAAAAUGUAUUAGUCUGGUAAGUUAAAGGUUAUCAACAGUCAAAUCCCCGAUCUCGUUAUACGCUGUCUAGAUUUUAGUUUCUAAGUUGGUACCCGUGGAAACAAUACACGAAUUUUAAAUCGUGAGAUUCUUUCUUUUCAAGUACAAGAGUACCCCUCAAACGAAUUGUACUUUAUAAGAUAUAGUAAGUGGAAUGUUACAAAAAUACCCAAUACUUUAUGACUGAUGCUGACCCACUCUCCACCUUUGUCCUAAUUCAUUGAGUCAACUGCUCGUGUACCACACUAAGACAAAUAGUGAGCCAGUAUCGAACUUAGUACGGGAUACCUAGAACUAAAUAAUAAUAGUCAAUUAAGUACUAUUAGGUCUGUUAUCGUUAGUUUAGGGUAAUUAAGGAAUAAAACAAUGCAUUUUAA